AUGAUAUACCCAAAUCUGUUUCCUAUAGCUUCAGAGGCCUCGGAGCUUCAGUGCCAAGAGUUAAAGGCUGCCCUCAAGGUCACUUCAGCACUAUCGACUGCCUAUCCGUCAUCUGUAGUCGGUGCUAGUCAAGCUGUGGCCCUAGGCUGUCCCAAUUCAACAAGCUAUUUUAUUUCUGGCAGCUCUGAGACUACCAUCUGUGCUGGGGCAAUGCCAGAGGAUCAAGUUCCUGACCAAGAGGCAGGCGAAGCCGAUGAGGUGAGAAAGCUGGCUGUACUCAAGGGCAUGGCUGAUCGUCUGGAAGAGAAGAUAAUUUCUGAGAAGGGAUCUGAAUCACCUAAUUCAGACUCUAGUCUGAGUCUUAUUACAGCUACUUCUGUUAAACCUUUUUCUACCUCUUCCCCACCACAAGAUAUUUCAACACACACCAAAGUUAACUCGGAUAUCACAGAUCUCGCUUUUCCUAAUCAUACCUCUACUACUCUUUUCACUCCUAUAUCUUUAGUGAAGCCAAUAAUCUUGCAACUGCUCCUCCACUCUUUUCUCCCUUCUACCUGUCUUGUACCUUUCAUCGCCUCGCGGGGUCCCUUCGGACUACGUUCUGCUCUGGUCAAGGCCAAAGCUGAAUUGGAACCUCCUUCUCAGGCCGUCGCUAGUAGACAGGCGCGUCUAAUCGAUGAUGCUCUACUUCAGGAGACUAUUCGCACAUUUCAGGCUCUCAUACAAGAACGCGACUCAUCCAUUCUUCAGUUGCGGGCCACUUUGAAGCGCCAGCAGCAAAAGUACAAAUAUGAACUAGAAAAAGCGAAUCUGGAUGUUAGUGUAGAGGAUGAUACAGCUAUCCAGCUUGUUCAACUUGCCGAAUGUGCUGUACAGACCGAGCUGGAUAUGGUUCAGGCUGGACAGCUGGCUAAGGUUGCCGAAGAUCUGAUGAACGGAGGUGUUAUCCUAUCACAACCACAAUGGCGCCAGUUGCUGGAUGAAAUGGGCCCCACUCACACUAAGGAGGACUUGCUUUAUAGUCACGGACCUACUUCAUCUUCUUCAAUAGACAAUCUUUCAACCCACAUACCCAUCCAAAAAUCGUUUUCUGAUACCAGCGAAAUUAUAAAGGGAAAGCAAGUGAGCGACCGAAAUCCGGUUAUAUCCGAGCUUUUCCUCGCAGCUAAUUUAAUGCGACGUCAGGUGGAGCAGAUGCGUGCUAACAUGGCUGUGAUGAUGACGACCCCUUCACAAAGCAACCAGGCCGUUGAACAUGUAGAACUCCAUGUUGCUGAUGGAAAAGGGAAUGUUCUUUCAUCUGAUCAAGACGACUUAUUUGUGUAA